GAUCACCGAUCUGACAGCUUCGUAAUACACAGUAUUGGCCCUUCCGCAAAAGUCGACAUUGAUUUCUCAAACUUGUCUCGCUUGCAUGCUUCCUUCCAAGAAACUUCGUGGGAUAUGUUGCCAAGUUUACUUGAGUGCUGCACUAAUCUACAAUCUGUCGUCCUGGAAUUUGAAUGCCUUCCAGAGACAGAGGAGGUUGAGCUUUCAUUUGUGCCUAAAUGUUUCGAAUCAUCUCUUGAGUUUGUUCACCUAAAGACACUAUAUGUUGUAAACAUACAAAUGGAAGGGGCACCACUCACAGGAACAUCAAGUAAGAUGAAAUUAGCAAAAUACUUUCUAGAGAAUGGUGCAGCUCUCAAGAAACUGACACUAAGUGCGAGUUUCGGUAACAUAAUCAACCAAAUCAAAUCGAUUCCAAGAAGCUCUACGACGUGUCAAGGUCUCAUUCCAUCUCAACUUUUCGAUGGCCGAUCAGGGCACAAUGAAUCCGAUAUUCAAGCAACCGCUGAGGAAGAGCACGAGAAUCGGAAGAAGCAGAAGAAGUUUGAAGCAACUAUGGAGCCUUCGGGAACA